AGACACAUAAUGAUGGCGAAUGGCAAAUGGUUAUUGGCAGGUGUCGUGGGCGGUACUGGAUGUAGGGCGCUUGUUAUGUUGUGAUGAAAAUAAAUUGCCAAUCUUGUUUAAUUUUUGAUACAUUUGAACACAGUAAACUGGAAGUAUUUUGUUGCAUGAUUCAAUAUUAAUCAGUGUAAAAUGAAAUAAGUAGCCCUUCAGUUUUGCCAAAUUUUGCUGCCCCUACUUCAACUACGGAUCGUUUGGUUGGGCGGUGAAGAUACCGAUCUGAUCAGGUGACCGUCGCGCGCCGUGCGGCCCGCCAUGCUGCCCGUCUCCAGCAAGGACCGGCCGUACCGGAACAGUCUGUGGCAGCGGGUCUCGGAGCGCGUCGCCGGCUGGCUGCGGCUCAUCUUCGCCGACCAGAACGCCAAGAACCUCUUCUUCUUCCUGCUGCUGAACCUGUCGUUCGCGUUUGUCGAGCUGUUCUACGGCGUGGCGACCAACAGUCUGGGGCUGAUCAGCGAUGCGUUCCACAUGUUCUUCGACUGCACGGGCCUGCUGGCCGGCCUGGUGGCGGCCGUGAUCACGCGGUGGCGCGCCAACGAGCGCUUCUCCUACGGCUACGUCCGAGCCGAGGUGCUGGGCGGCUUCAUCAACGGCCUCUUCCUGCUCUUCAUCGCCUUCUUCAUCUUCUCGGAGGCGGUGGAGCGCGCCGUCGAGCCGCCCGAGGUCAAACACGAGCGGCUCUUUGUCGUGUCCGUGCUCGGCCUGCUGGUCAACCUGGUGGGCAUCUUCGUCUUCCAGCACGGCGGGCACGGCCACAGCCACGGGGGCGGCGGCGGCCACGGCCACUCGCACGGCGGGGACGGCCACGGGCACAGCCACGGCGGCCACGGUCACGGGCACAGCCACGGCGGCGACAGCCACGGGCACAGCCACGAGCUGCCGCAGGGCUCCAACUCUCAGAUCAUGAAGGGCGUGUUCCUGCACAUCCUAGCCGACACGCUGGGCAGCGUGGGCGUCAUCGUGUCGGCCGUGCUCAUGAACCAGUUCGGCUGGAUGAUCGCCGACCCCAUCUGCUCCAUGUUCAUCGCCGCCACAAUCGCCAUCUCGGUGCUGUCGCUGAUCCGCGAGUCGGUCUGCAUCCUGAUGCAGCGGCAGCCACGCGAGCUCGACCACCUGCUGCCGGGCUGCUACCAGCGCGUGGCGCAGCUCGAGGGCGUGCUCAGCGUGCAGGAGCCGCACUUCUGGACGCUCUGCUCGGACGUGUACGUGGGCGUGCUCAAACUGGAGGUGACGCCGCACGCCGACCCCAAGUACGUGGUCAGUCACACGCACAUGAUCUUCUCGGCGGUGGGCGUGCGGCAACUGCACGUGCAGCUCGACUACGCGCCCAUGUGACCGCCGCGGCCACCCUAGGACCCGCCCCCCAUAUUUAUUGGCACGGCCUCCAGGGGCUCGGAGACAAUCCGCACGGCCAGCGUUCUCCACAGAGCUAUUUUUAUAAGUGUGCGGGCGAUCUGAGGUAGGUAGGUAGGUUGUUUUUAUGUUUGCAUUUUAUUUGGUGGCGCGCGCGCCGCCGGGCGGUGCGCGGGCAUUCCUCUGUGUUCCACUGACCCUGCGGCGGUGGCCAUAUGUGAUGAUUCCGUGUUGUUACCAUCUGAGCUGUUGUGCCAGAUACACGUGGACCAUGGUAAAGACACUAUUUACAGGAGACGGUCGUGCCCAGUGGAACUCGGACCGAGACGGCGCCAUGUGCGGUUUUACACCAGCUCUUCCUAUCGUCCGGGUCCCGCCGCUGGCUGUGGCGAAUUGCAGAUCGUGAAAGUCGCUUUACAGUCGCUCAUAAAUACAGUCAUACAGUCGCUCAAA